AUGUAUAGUAUUGUAAUUAUUUGUUUUGUUGUUUUGUUCAUUUUUUAUUGGUUUUUUAAAAAAACCAGAAAUAACACCACCAAAUACUACUACCCAGAUGGAACCGAAUACGUCGAAGACUAUUUCUACGACGACCAAUUUUAUGAAGAGUUCCAUAAAAAAAAUAACCCACCACAACAAAACCAAUCACAACCACUCCCACUCCCACAACCACUCCCACAACCACAGCCACUCCCACUCCAACAACCACAAUCACCCCAACAACCAAUCCUACUCCAACAACCACAAUCACAACCUCAAUUACCACAACCACUCCCACUCCCACAACCACUCCCACAACCACAGCCACUCCCACUCCAACAACCACAAUCACAACCUCAAUUACCACAACCACAACCAAAACUUACUGCAUCAAUCCCAGAUUAUAAAAAGCUAUUUCAAGCUAUGGAUGCAUAUGAAAAACAACAACAACAGGAACCAGAACCACAAUCACACCCAUACCAACAACCACAAUCACCACAACCACAAUCACAACCAAAACAUACUGCAUCAAUCCCAGAUUAUAAAAAGCUAUUUCAAGCAAUGGAUGCAUAUGAAAAACAACAACAACAACAGGAACCACAAUCUAUGGAUAUUGACUCAGGGACAGUCAAUACUCCACGUCCACCACCUGAAGAUGAAGCUAUAACCCGUUUAAAUGAACGUUUAGAGCUCUACAAUUUAGUGAACAGUAGAGACAUCCCAGGGGAUGGCAAUUGUCAGAUGCAUGCCUUAUCUGACCAAAUUUAUGGCGACUUAAACCAUAGUGCCGAGAUUAGAAGAGCUAUUGCUACAUGGCUCAUUAAAAAUAAAAAUUUAACCCUUUCAAAUGGUGCAAAAAUAUCCCAAUUUGCCAAUACUACAAAUUGGAAUAGAUACUGUAACCAAAUGGCAAGAAGGGGUACAUGGGGAGACCACUUGACAUUAAUUGCCGCUGCUGAAGUUUUCAAAUCCCAAAUUACCAUAAUUUCAUCAGUUGAAUCCAACAGCAGCUUUAUCAUUGAAAUUAUUCCACGUUCAAUUGAAAACCCAAGAGCAAUUAUCUUGUCUCACCAUGCAGAGCAACACUAUGGUUCCUUACGCCAACUUAUUAAUUAA